CUCAAAACUCAACAAUAUUAACCAUACCAUAUUUCUAUAUUACAAUAACAAAAUUGGCCCUUUCCUUAUAACCUCUUUCUAUAAGCUCUCUCUAGUCUCCCCUGAGCUGAGAUAUUUAUUUUCUCUCCAUAUUACUUGUCCCAAUAGUAAUAAUUAAUAUGGAGUCGGAGGGGGAGAAUUGUGUGCAGCUUAACAGUCCGUCAAGUGUUACCGACGGUGAUAUAAUUCGUGUAACGGCGUCGUCUUCGGCAGUUCAACAGACACUUUUUCUUAUUCAUUCGGAUGACGUGAGUUUGAAAGUACAGGCGGCUAAGGAGAUCCGCCGUUUAACAAAGACUUCACAACGUUACCGACGUCAUUUUUGUAACGCCGUUAAACCCCUUGUUGAUAUGCUCCGUUCUGAUUCUUUUGAAUCUAAUGAAGCUGCUCUUCUUGCCCUCCUUAAUCUUGCUGUUAAAGACGAAGGAAACAAGAUAAAUAUCAUAGAUGCUGGUGCUCUGGAACCCAUCAUUGGCUUUCUUCAAUCAGACAAUGCAACUCUCCAGGAUCAUGCUACUGCCUCUUUACUCACAUUAUCUGCUUCUCCUGCCACUAAACCUAUAAUUAGUGCUUCUGGUGUUUUCCCUCUACUAGUGGAAAUCAUAAGGCACGGCAGUUCACAAGCCAAGGCUGAUGCCGUGAUGGCUCUUUCUAAUCUGUCGACUUAUCAAGACAAUCUACUGUUGAUCCUGCGGGCACAACCAGUUCCAUCUACAGUUUCUCUGCUUAAAUCCUGUAAAAAGUCUUCAAAAACUACUGAAAGAUGCACCGCUCUUAUAGAAUCUUUAAUGUCUUAUGAAGAGGGUAGGAAUUCAUUGAUAUCUGAAGAUGGGGGAGUACUUGCAGUGGUGGAAGUACUUGAAAGUGGAUCUCCUCAAAGCCGAGAACAUGCUGUAGGAGCUCUCCUAACAAUGUGUCAGAGCGACCGCUCUAAAUACCGAGAACCAAUUCUCAGAGAAGGUGUAAUUCCUGGGCUCCUAGAGCUGACUGUUCAAGGAACAGCCAAGUCUCGGACCAAAGCACAAACACUUUUGAGGUUGCUGAGAGAAACUCCUUACCCGAGGUCUGAGCUUGAGCCUGACACAUUAGAGAACAUCGUCUCCAAUCUCAUAUCUCAGAUAGAUUGCGAGGAGCAAUCAGGAAAAGCAAAGGAGAUGCUCGCCGAGAUGGUACAAGUUAGCAUGGAACAAAGUUUGAGACAUUUACAACAAAGGGCGAUGGUAUGCACCCCAGCCGAUCUGUCUGUUCCUAGUUGUGUCUCCAAAAUUACCUCGAAAUGAUAGAUUUUUUUUCCCUUUGUUUGUUUCUUCCUGUAUCCCUUUUCCUCUUGAAACAGGGGCUUGUGUGAGAUCGAUUCUCUGUAUUUGGAAAAGCUGGAUAGAUACUGAAAAUUGGCAGUCCGGGCCCUUAGAUAGGUCAUAGGUGCCAGGUGACUGUUUAGUGAUCAAUAAGGUGGAAAAUUAUAUGAGGUCUUAGAAGUAUAGUUUAUGAACUUGGUCUUUGUAACAACCAUGCAGUUUAUACAGCCAGCGAAAGUUUCCUUCUUCAACCAUGGUUUUCAUGAUUGUAAUUAUGUGAUAGAGCGACAUGCUUGAAACUACAAUUCUGUACAGGAAAUUUCAGCUAUUUAAUCACUUCUCUAUAUGUGAAUUUA